AUGAAUUUGGCCGGAAAAUUGAUGAAGGCUGUUUGUUACGAUUCUUAUGGCGGAGGCUCCGCUGGUUUGAAGCAUGUUGAGAUCCCCGUUCCUGUUCCUGGCAAUCUUGAGAUUCUGAUGAAAAUAGAAGCAUCAAGCAUAAAUCCGUUCGACUGGACAAUUCAAAAAGGCAGGAUGCGCCCUAUUUUGCCCAGAAAAUUUCCUUUUAUACCAGUUAGUGAUGUAGCAGGGGAGGCUGUGGAGGUUGGACCUGGGGUGAAGAAGUUUAAAGUUGGUGACAAAAUUGUGUCCACCCUUGGUACAGGUGGAGGGUUCGCAGAGUAUGCCGUGGCUAAGGAGAAUUUAACGGUUUCUAGACCGGCAGAGGUCUCGGCUGCAGACGGUGCGAGUCUAGUCAUCGCAGGGUGCACCGCUCUUCACGCCCUAACCAUAACCGCCGGUCUAAACUUGGUCAAGACCGAACCCCUAUCAAACAUCCUCGUAACCGCCGCUUCAGGCGGGGUGGGCCACUACGCGGUCCAAUUAGCAAAACUAGGAAACACGCAUGUGACCGCAACAUGUGGGGCCCGUAACAUUGAAUUUGUCAAAAACCUAGGAGCGGACGAGGUUCUUGAUUACAAGACUCCGGAAGGUUCCGCCCUUAAAAGCCCAUCGGGUAAAAAAUAUGAUGUGGUUAUCCAUUGUACAACUGGGAUCCCAUGGUCGACAUUUAAGCCUAAUUUGAGCCCAAAGGGGAAAGUGGUUGAUUUAACACCUGGUGGUCGUGCGUUUUGGACUUAUGCUGUGAAUAAAAUUACGUUUUCAAAGAAGCAACUACAGCCGUUGAUUGUGGUUCCAAAAGUAGAAGAGAUUGAGUGCCUUUUGAAUUAUGUGAAAGAGGGGAAACUGAAAACUGUUAUUGAUUCAAGGUAUCCUUUAAGUCGGGCUGAAGAGGCUUGGGCCAAGAGUAUCGAAGGGCAUGCGACUGGGAAGUUAGUUGUGGAGCCGUAA